AUGAGAAGACGUUUCACAAGUCAAAAGAACACUAACGCAAAAGCAGAGAUUACGGUUGGUUAUAACGUAAAUGAUGAUAAAUCACGAAUUAUUCAAAAUGUUAAAGUUAAUGUUAGCCCUGAAUUAACAAGGUCAGCAACUCAACCAAAUUUAUUAACUCGUGACUUACCAAAGAAAGAGGAGGAGCAAAAUAAAGAAGAUGAAGACCCAAUCAUUUUAUCUGAACCUGGUAAAGAACCUGUUGAAAUUCCCACUUAUCCAACAUACCCCCCACCUCUUUCAUCAAACAUCGAGAACCCAUAUAAAAUAGACAUUAAUUCUGAAUUAAUGAAAAUUUACCGUGAUAUAAUAAUUAAUAAUUAUGAUUCAAUAAUAAAUUUAAUUGAUCAAUCCGGUUUAAUUAUUUUACCUUAUGAAUCAUUAAUUCACAUUAUCGCCAUUCUUUGUGAUGUUCAAGAUUCAGACGUUAAGAUUCAAUUUUUCAUAGAUGAUGAGGUUUCAUGCUGCGGAACAGUUGCAAAAAUAAAUCCUAUAAAGGAUAUUAGCACAAUUAAGAUAUCAAAGAAUGGAACAACAACUGAACUACAUUUAACUUAUAAUAACAUAUACAAUAAAAUAGUUGAUGAAUAUAAAAUAUCACUUGAAAAAUUCUUUGUUAAGGCUAUUUAA